AAUAAAAUAAAUUGCAGCCUUUUGCUGAUGUUAUCUGGGGCCUUUAAAAGUGUUAUCUUCCCCUCGGCUGCUCCUGACCGCACAAGUGUUAACAUGUUUGAACACAUCCCUGUAGAGCGGCAAUUAUUAUAAUUUUAAUCCAAACACCAGCAAAUCAAUUGGAGGUGCGAAUCAAUUUUAUUAAAGAUGCGGAUUAAGAAAUUGAAUAUACCUACAGAAUAUAAGCAGAAUUAUCUGCCGGUACAAUCAAGGAAAAGUGCCUCCUUCCAUCCCCUCCCUCAGCAAGCUGUUGAACCAGCGGGGAGGGAGUCAUCCAAGCUAGGUGUAACCAUGGAGCCACCCUUACAAAGGAAGAAGCACUGCCCGGGACCCCCGACAACUCUGAGCACAGAUUUCAAUCAGUUCCCAGACUCAGCAUCAGAUGACUUCGCCUUGCUGGGACGGAAUGAUAAGUUUUCAGAGAAUGUCCGAUACAAAUCUAAAGGCCGACAUAGUCACCAGGCCAGAGAGGCAUCCCCACCCAAACAACAAAAACUACAGGAAAAGGAAAAUUUAAGAAAACCAGUCAAAGAAACACCAGCCCCAUUUGUGGAUACCUCUAAAUUUCGGCAGAGGUCUAAGGCAGAGGAUCAACCUAGAAAACCUAAGGCCGAAGAUCCCCCUAGCACCCCUUUGACCCCAAGAAAGGAAAAGAACGAGCACUCAAGUUUAUUGAAGGAAGUAGCCCUGAAAGAUAAAGAGGCAGCAUUGAGAGAAAAAUUCAUCAAACUGGACAAAGAAGCAGAGAGAAAGAAGCCCCGUAGUCAGCUUAAAGAGACCAGAAAGGACUUCAGUAAAACUAUUGACCAGAAUAAAAUGGAGUCAGCUGUGAAGGCGUGGGCUAAGGACAAAGAUGUGGGUGCCAUGAAUGAGUUUGCCCAGACAAACCUUGAUAAAGGUGUUGUCUAUUCUGCACCAGAAGCUCCAGCUGAUUACUCUUUGAGGUAUAAAACAGGAGUUACGGCCCCCCGACAACGAAGGCACAAGUUCUCAGAAUACCAGAAGGCCUUUAGCUGGAAGGACGGUUCCAAAGCUUCACCAGUACUGGCCGCUGAACAGGCAGUUGUAGCAUCUGAGAGUAAAAAUAAGGUUGUGUACAAUAGUAACCCUGCCUUGAUCCCUCCCAAGAAGACCUUUGUCAAGGACAGCGAGUAUGCAGCUCAGUUCAAAGAGUACAGCAGCAUACCUGUCAGCAGUGAUGACCUCAAGGCCGUCCCAAGGAUGGAGAAACAAAGGUCAAAGGUCCGAAGAAGUAAAAGCACAGGAUCACUGCGGGUGGACAAGAGACCCCCUGCUGGUAGUAGUCCAGUUAUAUCCCCUGACAACAAACGACAGACUAUUGAAUCUGAACUACAGGGUGAACCAAAAGAGGCUCCUAGUCCUCCACCCCUUAACCAAGGAAAACUCAAACGACCAAGAAGUGAAUAUGCCACAAACUUUCGAUCUCCAACCAAAUAUCAAUAUGACGGGGUGUGGCAUGGAGCUCUGCCCCCUCAUCUUCAGCCAACUAAGGCAUUAUCAGAGGAAGAAAAGUCAGUUAAGGAGAGUGCACCUGUGAAUAACAAUGGCCCAGCCUUGUCUAACUGGUUUGCUGAAGUUAUCGAGCUUCGACAGAAAGCUGCAGAGUACAAGAAACGAGCUCAGGGAACUCACUUCUCUCGCGAGCACCUUGUCCAACUCAUUGCUCAACAGACUCAAGCCUGGGACAGUCUGAGUACCGCUCGCAGUGGAUCAAGCACACUAUCAGCACUCUCACUUGAGUCUGGGUUGAGUGCCAGAGAGAGAGCAAAAGAAAUGGCCAAUAGAAAUGGAGAUGACAUAUCAAUGAUGGCUCAUGAGGGAUCAGAUGAAGAAGCUGGAAAACCAGACUUCAUACCAGAAAAGCAUCUAGACCUCACUGCUACCAAGGGAAGUAAGCAGAGGAAACACAGGAAGAAGGCGUGGCAGAAAGAGGAAGCCAGGGAAGCAGAUCCAGAUAAUCUGUCUUUGUUGUCCAAUGUUGGAUCAGAUAUUUCAAGAUCUGAUAUUUAUCCUCAAAGGACUGAGAAACGAAGAGGAAGGAAGAAGCACAGGAGUAGGAGGAAGAGGGAGGAGGAGGAUGUAAGUGACAUAACCCCUGUACUAGAACCAUCCUCUGACAAAGGCAGAAUCCCAACCCCCAAGCUCAGGUCAAAGAGUGCUGGCUCUACCAGACAUCACCUAGACAGGACCACACCUGUAGUGGGAGGGGCCAUUUUAUCCUCACCCCCAAGGCCAGAGAAAUCAUCCCAGAUGAAAGUCAGCAGGUCAUGGUGCACACCACAAGAUGUUUAUGAUGAUGAAGUGAGUACAAUUGUCAGCAGUGAUAGAUUUCAACCCGUAGCAGGUCAAAGUCAAACAACGCCAUUCGUUGCUACACAAGUCCCUAUUUCGACAUCGCCCACUUUUGGCCUACCCUCCAAGGAUACCCACAUCUUACGUGACGAUGAAGUCAGCGUAGACAAACCUUUAGAGACUGUGUUUGUAGACAGCCCAGCCAAAAUCAAGCCAACAAUUGAAGUUGUAAGUGGUGGAGAAAAACCAGCAAGAAAAGGCAAAAAGCCCACAAAAUUUGAACCACAGCAAGCGAUCAAGGAGGGAUACGGACAGACCUACAACAAGCCAAUGGCAUGGGGCAUUGAAGGAGGAAUGCCUAUACCAAGGAUAGAUGAUGACGUGCUAUCUCUGUCAGCGAGAUCUGUUGCGUCUAGCUGCUCUUUAGCAUCAGAGGUUUACGAAAGAGCCCAGAAACGCACCAAGGAAUUCUGGGGCAAAGAUGGCAUUGCUUCAAGAUAAAAUGAUUAUUAGUAUUAGUGCAUGUGUACCUAAAGCAGAGCUGUGAUACUGAAAUACAUGUAUGAUAUAGGAUAUUUUUAUUUUAAUUUGCACUUAAUGUGUCAACUUCCGUCCAUAGUAUAUGGCAGCAAAUUGAACGCUUGGUAUUUAUGUCAGGUACUAGAUGAUGUCAAGUAAAUUUAAUGAUGAAGGAUAGUAAUAGAUAUAGUUUACAGUAUAAAAAAAAACGACAUCUGCAUAGAAUUAUGUCACACAGAAUUUUUGAUAAAUGCAUUUUAGCUUGUAAUGAGGCAUUAAAGGUGUUUUAAAACGGAGUGAUUUUGUAAACAUUCUCAUGUAUGAUACAUGUAUUUAGAUUUUUUUUUAAAACAGUUAUUGUUUACAAUGACUUUUUUCUGUUUCUUGCUUUAAAACUGAUUAGAAAUAUCCUUAACUCAGCUAUUUUGUUGGAUUAUACUUACAGAAAAUAGAUUGGAGGAAUUUACUUUCAAAUUUCACAGGAGGUACCUAACUGGAAAAUUGAAUCAAGUCCUGGUCCCUCCCAUAUUUGUUGGACCUGCCAUGAAAUUUUUAGAGAUUUAGAUAUAUUUAGAUGUAUAUGUAGCCGUAUUUUUAUAUUCUAAUUGCCUCAUCUCAGUAUAUUGUAUCAGGUUGUUUUUUGUUGUUUUAUUUUUACAAACAUACUCCAUGUUUUAUUUUAAUUAAGUUGAAUUUU